UCCUCAGGGACAAGGAGCACCCUCGCAUCUCUCACCAAGAUGUCCUGCUACGACGUGUGCACCCCCAAAACCAGCGUGGCUGUGCCCCAGCCCAUCGCUGAGAGCUGCAACGAGCUGUGUGCCCGCCAGUGCCCCGACUCCUCGGCCUUGAUCCAGCCGCCCCCCGUGGUGGUCACCUUCCCCGGCCCCAUCCUCACCUCCUUCCCCCAGCAAGCCGUGGUGGGCUCCUCCGGAGCACCGGCCUUUGGCGGCUCCCUGGGGCUGGGCGGCCUCUACGGCGCCGGCGCCACCCAGGCCUCGGCUGGCCUCUGCACCUUUGGCAGAGCCUGCGCUGCUCCCGCCUACAGCCCUUGCGCCCUGCCCCGCUACAGCAAGAAGCUCUGGGACACCUGCGGGCCCUGCUAGAGCCACCACAGCCCAGCCCAAACGCGUGCGGCCGCCUCAGCCCAGCAUGGAGAAGUUGAGCUCUGCACAAGCUGCCCUGGCC